CGGAGAGAGACUCAGAGGCAGACAAGUAUCAAAAUAUUCAAAGCAUGAACAAACAGCCAAACAAAGACCACCACACCACACCCAAACACGUCCUAAUUUUUUCUUCUUUUAACGUUUCCGCCUGAAAAAUAUCCAAUUAAAAAGCUCGUCGAUCAGAGCGCGCACCGGGACAGACGGAGAUGGCGAUGGCUCGGGCGAGCUCUGGGCUCCAAUACCCGGAGCGUUUCUACGCGGCGGGCUCGUACGCGGGCUUCGACGGAGACGCCAACUCCACCUUCAAGGCCCUCACCUCCAAGUUCUCCAAGGAAUCCGCUGCCCUCCUUUACGGCUUGUACCAACAGGCUACGAUAGGACCUUGUAACAUACCGGAGCCUAAUUCUUGGAAAGUUGUUGAGCAUACCAAAUGGAAGAGCUGGAGUGGGCUUGGAAACACGUCUACCACAGAAGCAAUGCGUCUUUUUGUGAAAAUAUUGGAGGAAGAAGAUCCAAGUUGGUAUUCUAGAGCAUCUAACUUUGUUGCAGAGCCUGUGGUAGAUGUGCAAAUGAAUCAUGAUUCAAAAGCUGAGCCUGUGGUUGAGAAUGGGAAUUCAUUACCUGAGACAAAGACUAUUUCUGCUGAGAAUGGGAGCCUGAUUGAAACUCAGGAUAAAGAUGUUGUCUUGGAAGGCCUUGAUUCAGUUGCUGUCUAUGAUCAAUGGAUUCCACCUCCGAUAUCUGGACAACGCCCAAAAGCCCGAUAUGAGCAUGGUGCGGCAGUUGUGCAAGACAAGAUGUACAUAUAUGGCGGUAACCAUAAUGGGCGUUACCUUAAUGAUAUUCAGGUUCUGGAUUUGAGAAGUUGGACUUGGUCAAAGAUUGAGGCGAAGGCUGGGGCUGAGUCACUUGAGUCACCAUCUCCAGUAACAUUUUCUCCUUGUGCUGGUCAUUCCUUGAUACCAUGGGAAAAUAAGCUUUUGUCAAUUGCUGGACAUACAAAGGAUCCAUCUGAAAGUAUACAGGCGAAGGCAUUUGAUCUGCAAUCUUGUACAUGGUCAACGUUAAAGACUUAUGGCAAAGCACCGGUAUCACGUGGAGGUCAGUCAGUGACCCUUUUUGGAACAAGCUUAGUAAUUUUUGGUGGAGAAGAUGCAAAGAGGACUCUCUUAAAUGAUCUGCAUAUUCUUGACCUAGAGACAAUGACCUGGGAUGAAAUAGAUGCUGUGGGGGUGCCUCCUUCUCCGAGAUCUGAUCAUGCUGCUGCUGUACAUGCGGAGCGGUACCUUCUGAUCUUUGGUGGUGGUUCACAUGCAACUUGUUUCAAUGAUUUGCAUGUCCUUGAUUUGCAAGCUAUGGAAUGGUCAAGACCCACACAACAGGGUGAUAUACCAACUCCACGGGCUGGACAUGCAGGUGUGACAGUUGGGGAGAAUUGGUUCAUUGUUGGCGGUGGUGACAAUAAGAGUGGAGCCUCAGAAACUGUUGUCCUUAACAUGUCUACACUUGUUUGGUCGGUGGUUACUACUGUUCAAGGACGAGUUCCAGUUGCUAGUGAGGGUUUGAGUUUGGUUGUAAGCUCCUACAAUGGUGAAGACAUACUUGUAUCUUUUGGAGGAUACAAUGGUCGUUACAACAGUGAGGUUAAUGUUCUUAAACCAAGCCACAAAUCUACCUUGCAAUCAAAGAUGAUUGAAACUCCUGUCCCAGACACUACAAAUGCUACAAGAGAUGUGGAGUCUGAGUUCGAUGCAGGCCAAGAAGGGAAAAUUAGGGAAAUUGUUAUGGACAAUGUUGAGUCAGAGCCUGUGAAAUCUAAAGGUGAGCUUGUGGCAACCCUCAAGGCAGAGAAAGAAGAAUUAGAAUCAUUACUCAGCAAGGAGAAGAUGCACUCUCUUCAAUUAAAGCAAGAGUUAUCAGAAGCCGAGAAUCGUAACAAUGAAGUAUACAAGGAGCUCCAAUCUGUGCGUGGUCAACUUGCUGCUGAGCAGUCUAGAUGUUUCAAACUGGAGGUUGAUGUUGCAGAACUACGCCAGAAGCUCCAAACAAUGGAGACGUUACAGAAGGAACUGGAACUCCUCCAGCGACAGAAGGCUGCAUCAGAACAAGCCGCCUUGAACGCAAAACAGAAGCAGGGCUCUGGAGGAGUGUGGGGUUGGCUCGCUGGAAGCCCAUCUGAUCAAAAAGCUGAUGAUGCCUGAAAAAUUGGUAGAAGCCUAGUUGAAUAGUGAUUGCUAGAUUUGGUUCCCAUUGAUCCAUAAUUCUUUCACAUAUUUUUUUUGCUUUUCCUUUCCCCAACCAUGACAGAACCCAGUUCUUUACUGUGAUGGAAAUAAGACAUGAGAUUUUUGUUGGUCAGAAGGAAACCCCCUUGGGUUUUCAUGAAUACAUGUUCUGUAAUUCAGUGCAAUAUUUUGCUUGUAAACACAAUUUUGUUGGAGUUUGAAUUCGAAGUAAAUGUAUUAUUUGAGUGAA